AUGCCAAUUUGGUUUUUCUUAAUAUAUUUGCUAAUGGUUUUGGUGCAUUGGUUUUGUGGAAAAUCAGACGAACAAUCAGAUAUUUUAAUGAAAAAUGUGUUGGGAAAAUCGAAAAAAUGGAAUAAUAAAGACUAUCUCAGUAACAUGGCAUUUCUCUUCUUUAUUUCUUUGGCAAUUGAAUGGGUUUUUGUAGUUGUUGAUCUAAUUCGCCACGCAAAAGAUGUUGAUAAUCUCUGCCACGUCGCUAUCCCUCUGAUGUUUUUCAUGAUUUACAACUGUAUUUUGUGGUUCACAACUAUUGCAAUUACCUCUCGAAUCACACAAGGAUUUCUAAAAAUAUGGUCUAUUUUAGCGAUUUUCAACAUUUUCAUUGGAUUCGGCUGUCUUUUUCAUUUUUACAACCAUUUUACCACGGAUCCAAAUGCCGGGAAGCACUUUUAUUAUUUUAAAUGUACUCUUAUAUCUAUGCCAAUUUGGUUUUCUUUUUAUAUAUUUGCUAAUGGUUUUGGUGCAUUGGUUUUGUGGAAAAUUAGGCAAGUAACUAACUGGAAUUUUGAGAAAAAAGUUUUUUUUUCGAAUACCGUAAACACUCUAAUAGAACGUCACCCGAUCCGUCAAAUUUGA